CCUGUCGUCAAUCUCAUCCCCUCCAAUCGGUCCAAUUGCCAGUCGCUGUUCAACAAUGGGGCAUCUGGUAACUCUUGCAACAUGCUCGCUCAACCAAUGGGCUCUCGAUUUCGAGGGCAAUUGUGAGCGCAUCAUCGAGAGUAUUCGCCAGGCCAAGGCGGCGGGAGCGACCCUGCGAGUCGGCCCCGAGCUGGAGAUUACUGGAUAUGGCUGCUUGGAUGCGUUUAUCGAGGGCGAUACGUUCCUGCACUCCUGGGAGAUGCUCGCCAAGAUCAUCGACCAUCCUGACUGUCAGGACAUUGUGGUGGACGUGGGAAUGCCCGUCCGUCACCGCAACGUGCGGUACAACUGCCGUGUGAUCUUCUUCAACCGGAAGAUUAUUUUGAUCCGGCCCAAGAUGUGGCUGGCCAAUGAUGGAAACUACCGUGAGAUGAGACAUUUUACGCCGUGGCAGCGUCCUCGGGAGAUUGAGGACUACUACCUCGAGCAGAUUGUUGGCAAGAUCACGGGCCAGUACAAGGUACCGUUUGGUGAUGCGGUCAUUAGCACCCGAGAUACGUGUCUGGGGUUGGAGACCUGCGAAGAGCUGUUCACUCCCAAUGGACCCCAUAUUCCCUAUGGUCUGGCUGGUGUGGAGAUUAUCUCGAACUCGUCCGGAAGUCACCACGAACUCCGGAAGCUCGAUACUCGGAUCAACCUGAUCACGCAGGCCACCAAGUUGAGCGGAGGGAUUUACCUGUAUGCCAACCAGCAAGGCUGUGACGGGGAUCGCCUGUACUACGAUGGUUGCGCGAUGAUUGUCGUCAACGGAAACAUCGUGGCCCAAGGGUCCCAAUUCUCGCUGAACGACGUCGAAGUUGUCACUGCCACUGUUGACAUCGAAGAGGUUCGGACCUACCGUUCCAGCGUGAGUCGUAGCUUGCAGGCCAGCAGACAAACGCCUUUUGUCCGUCUUGAUCUGGAUUUCAGGUUGUCGCGUACCGGCGAGGAGGCAGAUCCCGGGCUUGCCCCGUCGGAGAUCCUCGAACCACGAUACCAUGCGCCGGAGGAAGAGAUCGCCCUUGGUCCAGCCUGCUGGCUGUGGGACUACCUGCGCAGAAGCGGUGCAGCAGGAUACUUUGUGCCCCUGAGCGGCGGCAUUGACAGCUGUGCGACUGCGAUCAUUGUGCAUUCCAUGUGCCGAGAGGUUGUCAAAGCCGUGCAGCAGGGCAAUGAGCAGGUGAUCAAGGACGUGCGACGUCUGUGCGCCGAGCCUGAGGGAUCUGCCUGGCUACCGUCCACCAGCCAGGAAGUCUGCAACCGCAUCUUCCACACCAACUACAUGGGAACGCAAAACUCCAGCAAGGAGACCCGGGAGCGGGCCAAGACCCUCGCCACGGACAUCGGCUCCUACCACAUCGACUUCAACUUUGACACCGUCGUGACGGCCAUCACGAAUCUGUUUACGGUGGUGACCAACUUCCAACCCAAGUUCAAGGUGCAUGGAGGCAGUUUCGCGGAGAACCAGGCUUUGCAGAACAUCCAGGCCCGCCUGCGAAUGGUUCUUGCGUAUUUGUUUGCGCAGAUGCUUCCGACUGUCCGCCAGCGGCCGGGCGGUGGGGGACUGCUUGUGCUGGGAUCAUCCAAUGUGGACGAAUGUCUGCGGGGUUACCUCACCAAAUACGACGCAAGCAGCGCAGAUCUCAACCCCAUCGGCUCGAUCAGCAAAGUCGACCUCAAGAAAUUCAUCCACUGGGCGCAAACGGCCUUUUCGCUUCCGAUCCUGCACGAGUUUCUGCACGCCACGCCCACCGCCGAGCUGGAGCCCAUCACGCAGACCUACGUGCAGUCGGACGAGGCCGACAUGGGAGUCACCUACGCCGAGCUGUCGGUGUUCGGCCAGCUGCGCAAGGUGGCCAAGCUGGGGCCGUGGUCCAUGUACGAGCGCCUGCUGCACGUCUGGGGCCACGAGCUCAGCCCGCGCGAGGUGUAUGAGAAGACCCGCCAUUUCUUCUACACCUACAGCAUCAAUCGGCACAAGAUGACCGUGCUCACGCCGAGUUACCACGCCGAGGGCUACUCGCCGGAGGAUAAUCGGCAUGAUUUGCGGCAGUUUCUUUGUACGUUGCCCCUUGCCCGUUGCCCGUUGCCCGUUGCCCCUUCUUUCUUUCGGCCCUAAUGUGGGUUGUGAUGAUGACUGGGAUCGGGGCUGAUGAUUGAUCGUACGUAUAGAUCCCCCUUUCACAUGGGCAUAUAAGAAAAUGGAGGAGAGCGUCAAGUA